AUGCCACGUAAGCUACGUAAGAAUAUACGUAAGAGGAAGAGAGCAUUGAAACAUCCAAUAGUAAAACUGACACCACAACAACAGUUGCAACAACAAAUGCUGAAUGACCCCACUAUGUUGCAACAAAUGUCAAGCAAUCCUAUGCUUUUAAACCGAGUUGUUGGUGCACAGAGUGGAGGUUUAAGAGCGGCACUUUUAGCGAAAAUGGCAGGCUAUGGUGGAGCUGCAGACGGAACAGCAUAUAACCCUCAAAGUCAAAUGAAUUUGAGUUCACUCAAAAAUCAAAUAACAGAUGUCAAAAAGUCAAACAUAGAUAUACAGAAGCAAAUAAGUGAAAACGAAAAGAAACUAGAAUAUGACAGACACACAAAGAAACUCAAUGAGUUAAACGUAGAGAAAAAGAAGAAAGAAGAACAACUGAAAGAACUAAGCACAGAGGAAUAUGCGAAAAAAGUGUCAGAAAAAGCAGCAGAAGUAGCAAAAAUGGAACAAGAUGUCAUAAAUUUGAAAAACCAUACUACUCAAUAUAAAGUACUGAAAGAUGAAGAGAUAAAACAAAAAGCCCUGAAGACAUAUAUGGAUAGCGAUGAGUAUAAAAAAGAAGUUGAAGCAAAUGUAAAGGCAGAAAAACUUUUACAGUUGCAAAACCAAACCGUACAGUAUGAAAACUUAGCACAAGAAAGUAAAAAUAACGACGCAGCCAUGCAAAAGGCAAUGAAAAGCGCAGAAUAUAUAAAAGCUAACAAUGACUGGUUAGAUGCCCAAGCCAACGCUAAAGCAGCCCAACUCAUAGG